AUUUUUAAAUUUACCGAAUAUAAAUGAAUAAAGUUAAUAUUAAUUAAUCACUUGAUUAUUUUUUUUACUCUCUUUAAGACAAGCAAAUUAUAAUACUCGUAAAAACAUGUAUUUUAAUGAAAUGUACUAAUUUAUAAAUACACCAAGUUUAAGUAAAUUAUUAUAACAAUUUUUUAAUUAUUCAAAGACCUAAUUAUACUAAUAUUAUGGCUCAAAAUGAAAUAUCAAUAGAAGACGAAGAAAAAUUUAAGUCAUUGUUAUGUCGAAGACUUGUUGAAUGUGGUUGGAUGGAUGAGGUAACAAUGCUAUGUAAAGAAAAACUGAAUGAUAGAUUAUUAAAAGGACAAACGGUCAAGUCUAUUACUGAAAAUGACUUAUUUAAUGAUAUUGCCCCUGAUGCUAGAAAGAUAUUACCCGACACUAUUAAAAGAGAAUUAAAAGUAAGAGUACAAAAUCAGUUGUUACAAACAGCGGGAUAUUUUGAUGAUACAGACAGUGAUUCCUGAUUACUACGAUGUACAUAAGUACAAUAUUUGAUAACAUUUUUUAAAGUAUAUAGAAUUUUCAUUAUAUUGAAAACAUCUUGAAUUAAUUUUUAAAUAAAGAUUUUUAUAACUAUAA